AUGGCGCUUCCAACCAGUCUCGAGAACGAGCCGUGGGUGAUUGUCAAGACCACGCUGCCCGCAAUGCCGCUGCCACCGAACUCAGGACGCAAAGUCAUCCACACGGCCCGGCUCACGCUGAAGCCUUGCUCGCAAGACGAUCUCGCCGAGUUGUUCGAGCUCCGUAGCCAGCCCGAGGUGAUGGUCUGGACAGCGGCCGGCCGGCCAGACAAGAGCCAGGACGAGUCGCAGGCCAAACUGAGCUUGUUCAUACCGCCCAACGAUGUCAAGACCUUCAACUACUCCAUCUUCUGGCGGGAGACGGGCCAGUUCAUCGGCAUGGGCGGCUGCCACAUGUUCCAGGGCGAGUUCGGCUGGCCCGAGAUAGGGUACAUGCUCCGCAAGGAGUUUUGGGGCCGGGGCCUGGCGACGGAAUUCAUCCGGGCCUAUCUCGAUUCGUACGAGAGCCUUCCCCGGGAGGAGGCCGAGUUGAAGGUCAUGAAGUGCAGCAUCCCUGAGGGCCAGGGCGAGAGCGGAGCGAAGGUGGAUGAGCUCUUGACUGGUGUGGUGGAGGGAAACAAUGACAGGAGCUUCAAUGUUGUCAGGAAAGCAGAUUUCGAGAUUUUCGUGCACUAUCUUGAGCCGUCCGAUGAUGGUGAGCCUGUCGUGUUGGCGGGAGUGCGACGAUUUGUCAAGGCGAAAGCAUAG